UACCCAACAACAGAACCAACCACUACCCCUUCCAGCCUUCAACCAUGAAUUUUCUCCAGAAAAUGAACAUCCAUACCCACGAAGGUUCAAUCCUAAGGGGGUCAAACUUGAUUUCCCUCAUUUUCAAGGUGUUAAUCCAGCAGCAUGGCUUUUCAAGGGAUUGGGGCCUUUUCCAGAUCAUUACUACUUCGUUUUGGUCCAACAGCAUAUAACGACCCCAUGGAAGCGUUGACAAGGCUCAAGCAGACCAGCUCCGUCGCUGGUUACAUGGCGCAGUUCGAAACAUUAUCCAAUCGCUUGAGGGGGCUCUCGGAUGUCCAUAAGUUGAGUUGUUUUCUCAGCGGCUUGAAGGACGAGCUCCGCAUACCAAUCCGAAUGCUCCGCCUGCAACCGUAUUGCCAGAAAACGGUGGCGUUGCGCCGGAAUAUGAAGUUGGCUCCACGCUUCUAUGGGCCUUUCAAGGUGCUUCAGAAGCUUGGAUCUAUGGCCUACCACCUUGAGUUACCCCCCCUCUUCUAAAAUCCACCCAGUUUUCCAUGUUUCCUGCUUGAAAAGGAAACUGGGGGAUUGUAUUCAACCAUUGGCCACGGUCCCACCCACCAACGACGGCGGCGAAGUGAUUCCCGAGCUAGAGGUGGUGCAUGAUCGACGUAUGAGACAACAUAGGGGACGGGUUGCAACAGAGGUGUUGAUUAAAUGGGUAGGGCUUUCAGAAGAGGAUAAUACUUGGAAAAAUCUCUGGAAACUUAGGACUUUGUAUCCACACCUUGUGGACAAGGUCUUAUAAGGAAAGGGGAAUGUUAGGAGGUCUUCUAGCUCGAGAUCCAUGGAGGUAAAGUUUGAACUUUACAAGCUGAAGAGAGAGGAUGCUGAAGUGUAGAAGAAGAAAUGAGAAGAUGAAGGCAUGGGUUUUCG